AUGGCGCCCUCAACGCAAUUCGAGCUGGCGCAACCGCCCAACGAUGCCAUCUCGUCGCUCGUCUUCGCGCCCGAGGCCCCCACGCGGCUGCUGGUCUCGUCAUGGGACAAGAACGUCUACCUCUACGACACGCACACCGACGCCGAGGGCGGCGGCCACGGCACCCUGCUCCAGACCUUUGAGCACCGCGCCCCCGUCAUGGAUGUGUGCUUCGGCGCCGACGACAACGAGGCCUUCAGCGCCGGCAUGGACUGGACCGUGAGGAGGAUCGACCUCGAGUCCGGCGACCAGACCGUCGUGAGCAAGCACGCCGCCCCCGUCCGGAGGGUCGUCUACAGCCGAGAGCACUCCCUCCUCAUAACCGCCUCCUGGGACAACACAUUACACGUCCUCAACCCGUCCAACACUUCGCUCACGCCCCUGACCAUCACCCUGCCGGGCAAGCCGCACGCCAUGGCCGCCUCGCCGUCCAAGGUUAUCAUCGCCAUGACGAGCCGCCUCGUGCACAUCUACGAUUUGGCGGCGCUGGGCGCGUCGCUGGCCUCGGGCAGCGGGGCGGCGCCCGAGCCGUGGCAGCAGCGCGAGUCGUCGCUCAAGUUCCUGACGCGCGCCGUGGCCGCGAUGCCGUCGGACGCGGGCUACGCGACGUCGUCGAUCGAGGGCCGCGUGGCCGUCGAGUGGUUCGACGCCUCGGCCGAGUCGCAGGCGCGCAAGUACGCCUUCAAGUGCCACCGCCAGACGGGCACGGCCGAGGACGGCGCCGCCGACGUCGUCUUCCCCGUCAACGCCCUGGCCUUCCACCCGGCCUUCGGCACCUUUGCCAGCGGCGGUGGCGACGCCAUCGUCGCCCUGUGGGACGCCGCCGCCAAGCGCCGCAUGAAGAUCUACCAGAAGUUCCCCGACUCGGUCGCCGCCCUCGCCUUCUCGAGCGACGGCAAGUACCUGGCCAUCGGCGUGUGCCCGGGCUUCGAGACGGGCAUGGAGGACUACAGCGGCGAGGGGAGGACCAAGGUUGUGAUCCGCGAGCUGGGCGAGACCGAGGCCAAAGGGAAGGGUGCGAAGUGA